AUGUCGCAAGCGGCAGCAGGCUUCAGGGCACAGGAUGAGUUUUUUGAGCUGCAUCGACGGCUUGGAGAGUGCUAUGCGGCUGAGAUCUCGAAAUGGAAGAGGGCCGCGGGGGUGCCAUCUCCGGUGCCAUCUCCGGAUGCAUGGGGCGCGUCAUCAGUUUCGCACAGCAUUGGUGCGCUAGCAUGCAGAGGUCGCAAAGUCAACAGCCAGACGUCCCUCUCGCUGUGCCCGGCCCUGCCUGAACUCACGUAUGCAGAAUGCCCACGCGGAGAACCGGAAUCCAUCGACAACGAUGACACAUCCGAGUAUGGUGGCGAAAAGCAGACGCAGACCUUUGGCACUGCAUCUCUCCCCGUGGCGAGGGUGCAUCAGCCCCACGCCCACUGGAGCAAGAGUUCGCAGCGCCGAAUCUCCAGGCGGACCAGUGUCACCACGGCCGCGGCAACCAGGGACAAGGACCACACCCUCACCGACCUGAGCCGCUCGGGUCGGAGCGGAAGCCGCCAUUCGACGCCGUUCCGGCGCUGUGCAGCUUGCUUCUCUGCGCUUCCCUUGAGACCAGGAGGGCGAAUCCGAUACUUGUGGGACCUGUGCUCCAUCGUUUUCGUGCUCCACGAUGCCCUGCUUUUGCCACUCUACUUUUUUGGCUUGCAGAGGCUUUUUGUCGUGAAGAGCCUUGCCUGGUGUGCUCGCCUCUUCUGGAUGGCAGACCUGGUGGUGAAUAUGCUGACAGGUUACUAUGAGAUGGGCGUCAUGGUUCAAGACCUGAGGAAAACUUUUUGCCGAUACAUGCGGACCUGGCUGUUGAUCGACCUCCUGUGUGUGGUUGAGGACUGGACCAGGUUGACCUCGGCAGAUUGUGAGUCCGACCCGGAGAAGGAGUUCAUCAGCCUGCUGCGUGUUCUGCGCCUGCUCAAACUGAGGAAGAUGGGGGCACAGAUCCAGGAGCAAUUCCAGACGCAUUCUACAAGUGUUAAGUUCAAUCUACUCGGAACUUUGACGGGCUUGGUCAUUGUCAAUCACAUCAUCGCGUGCUGCUGGUAUGGCCUCAGCAAAGUGGGAGAUUCUCAGGGCACCGACACAUGGCUGAAGCUGAAGGGCUGGGAUGACGCCGAUCCCAUGUUUCAGUAUGUCGCUUCGUACUACUGGGCUUUCUCGCAACUUGGUGUCGGCUCUACCGAGAUCCACUGCUCCAACAUGCUGGAGUAUGUCUUUGCCAGCUUCGUCGCCAUGGCUUCCUUGCUGAUUUUCUCAACCUUGGUCAGUACCAUGACCUCGCUGAUGACCACCUUGAACAAGAUCCAAGAAGCAGAGAUAGCGCAGUUUCGUGCAUUGCGGCGGUUCCUGGCCUACAACCACAUUCCCCAAGAGCUCAGCACACGCAUCGUGCAGUUCGUGCAGCAUUCCUAUCCGCAGAAGAGCACCGAGAAGAGCGUGCAAGAUGGGGAUCUUGCCGUCCUCGAGAUGCUCUCAAGUCCUUUGAAGGCGGAACUGCGAUUCGCCCGGUUCAGGAAGAACCUGGACUGCCUUCCUUUCCUACGGAAAUUGAUGAUGAGUGAUGACCUCCAGAUUACCCGCCUUACACACAAGCUGGCAGGACACCUGGACCUCCUCUUAGUUGCACCGGGUGAUGCCGUUUUCUUCUCCGACAGCAAUGCGCAGGCCUGUUACAUGAACCUGAGUGGCACUUUGAAGUACUACCAGGCAGCAAGCUCAGAAGAUGCUCCAGAUGACAUCUGGCUUGUCGAGAUGUGCCUUUGGACACCCUGGGAGUUCAUGGGCACCCUGGUGGCCGAAGAAGUUUCGCAUCUUGUCUCACUGAAUGAAGACCACUUUAAGCAGACGAUCUGUGAGAGUGCAGUGGCCCAGAAGAUGGCAAGCGCCUAUGCCAUGCGUUACGUGAGUCAGUUGACAGCGUGCAAAGUGACAUCCGAUCUUUGGCUGUGCAACGAGGCGGACAGCGCACAAGCACCAAGCGUGAGUGUUUCUGCCACCCCUGUGGUGCCUCAGUCGCACUUGCUCUCCGUGGUCCGCCGGUUGAGCCGCCGAUCGCACGAGUCAGGACCGGGCGCUCGACGGGUGUCACCUGUCGUUCCAAGUCCAGAUUCAUCGGCAACCUGA